AUGUGUAUUGAUCUCCUCCUCUCAUGCCUAAAUACUUUCGUUACUUUCAAAUUCUCUUAUCUUCUCUCCGUUUCCGAUUUCAUCCUUGGUAAUUUCUUGCUUUUUUCUAUCUAUCUAUCUAUCUAUCUAUCUAUCUACCUAUCUAUCUAUCUAUCCCAUCCUGUUCUUAUCUAUCUAUCUAUCUACCUAUCUAUCUAUCUAUCCCAUCCUGUUCUUAUCUAUCUAUCUAUCUAUCUAUCUAUCUAUCUAUCUAUCUAUCUAUCUAUCCCAUCCUGUUCUUAUCUAUCUAUCUAUCUACCUAUCUAUCUAUCUAUCCCAUCCUGUUCUUAUCUAUCUAUCUAUCUAUCUAUCUAUCUAUCUAUCUAUCUCAUCCUGUUCUUAUCUAUCUAUCUAUCUAUCUAUCUAUCUAUCUAUCUAUCUAUCUAUCUAUCUAUGUCUGUCUGUCUGUCAGUCACUAACUCUUUCUUUCUUUCUUCAUUUUUUCUUUCUUUCUUUCUUUCUUUCUUUCUUUCUUCAUUCUUUCUUUCUUUCUUUCUUCAUUCUUUCUUUCUUUCUUUCUUUCUUUCAUGCCUUCCUCCAUUCUUUCUUUUUAACCUUUUAAUUUCAAAAGUGAAAUUAUCGGACCAAAUUGCUUCAAUCACAUUCUCUCUUUCCUUUAUCUCUUUUCUCUCUUUUCUUUACUUUCUUUCUUUCUUUUUUGACCUUUUCCUUCUUCCAUCAAUUCUUCCACCGCCCACAUUUCUUCUUUCAUCUCUCUAUGCAAAAUACCCCUUUGCCUUAUUAUCUCGCCUUUACCCAACCCUCAUUCCGCAGCCACGCAAUAAUCCGGCAACAGAUUUCAAUCUAACCAUCCCACAAGCCAUCGCAGCCCUCAUUUUAUUUUCUUCGUUUCGUUUCGUUGGACUCCUGUUCCGCUCUUUGCAUGAAUUUUGGAGUGGCGUUGUCAUACGCUUCGGUCGACUCUUUCGAGGGGAACGCGGAGACCGGAUCACUGUGGUUAUUCUGAUUGAUAUUGUUGGUAAUAUUUUUUUCUAUCUAUCUAUCUAUCUAUCUAUCUAUCUAUCUAUCUAUCUAUCUAUCUCAGCAUAUAUUAUUUUAAUAUUUUUCUAUCUAUCUAUCUAUCUAUCUAUCUAUCUAUCUAUCUAUCUAUCUAUCUAUCUAUCUAUCUAUCUAUCUCAGCAUAUAUUAGUUUGGUCUGCUUUGUUUUACGGCAUAUCAACAUCUACGGGUUAUUUAAUACCGACAAGAUUGUUAUUGUUGGUAAUAUUUUUUAUCUAUCUAUCUAUCUAUCUAUCUAUCUAUCUAUCUAUCUAUCUAUCUAUCAUAUAUUCUAUCUUUGUUUUACGGCAUAUCAACAUCUACGGGUUAUUUAAUACCGACAAGAUUGUUAUUGUUGGUAAUAUUUUUUAUCUAUCUAUCUAUCUAUCUAUCUAUCUAUCUAUCUAUCUAUCUCAGCAUAUAUUAGUUUGGUCUGCUUUGUUUUACGGCAUAUCAACCUCUACGGGUUAUUUAAUACCGACAAGAUUGUUAUUGUUGGUAAUAUUUUUUAUCUAUCUAUCUAUCUAUCUAUCUAUCUAUAUCUAUCUAUCUAUCUAUCUAUCUAUCAUAUAUUAUCUAUAUCUCAAUUGUUUUGUUGGUAAUAUUUUAUCUAUCUAUCUAUCUAUCUAUCUAUCUAUCUAUCUAUCUAUCUAUCUAUCUCUAUCUAGCAUAUAG